ACCCUCGAAUGGGCCAUCAGGGGUGAGUGUGAGCGAGUGUGGAAAACAACCCCCAAGACAGGGUCGCUACCUAUAUAAGAUACGGAUAGCGGUCCAGCAGCCAGACAGUCUCGUUCAGUCAGCGAUCGUGUUCACUACCUCAGUCUAGGCCAAGCUCAAUAAAGAAAAUGUCGCGCUCUUUCCUGAUGGAUUCCCUGCUCAGCGAUAUGCCGCCCUUAAGCAAGCAAAAGGAACCUUCCAGCUCUGCUAGUCAAGGAGCCAGUGCAACGGCCUCCGCGGUGGCCGCAGCCGCCAUGUUGCCCACCAUCCCCAUUCUGCCAUAUCCGGCCAGCUAUGUGAGCAGCUACCUCUUCUCCCUGGGCAUCCAGCAGCAGCAACAACAACAGCAGGCAGCCAUGGCAGCAGCAGCUGCACUCCAGCAACAUCCCCAUGCCCAUGCCGGAACCGUGUCCGGCUCGCUCUAUCAUCCGUAUGCCCAGCUCUUCGCCACCAAGAGGAAGUCAAGCGGGUUCAGUCAGUACGAGAGCUGCUACCCAUCGCCGCCGCUCUCGGCCAAUCCAAGCAGCGGCUCGCAGCAGAUGCCUCUUCACUCGUUAUAUGCAGCAGCUCCAGGAGCGGCCUGCCCUCUGCCCCUCCCCGAACCAGGCAGCUUUUGCACAUCACCCUCGGCGUCCUCGUCGGCUUCCGUGGAUUACACCAACAACUUUGAUGAUCAGCCACAGGGGAAGCGCUUUAGGCACGAGUCCUCCUGUUCCCCCAACAGUUCCCCACUGAAGUCAUCGGCCGUGCCAUCGGACAUCACCCCACUCAUCAGCGACUAUGCCGAUUCGAGCAAACGGAUUCGCACCGCCUUCACCAGCACGCAGCUAUUGGAGCUGGAAAGGGAGUUCUCUCACAAUGCCUAUCUGUCCCGGCUGCGUCGCAUCGAGAUCGCCAAUCGGCUGCGGCUCUCCGAGAAGCAGGUUAAGAUUUGGUUCCAGAAUCGUCGUGUGAAGCAGAAGAAGGGUGGCUCCGAGAGUCCCACAUUCAAUAUUUCCACCAACUCUGGUUGCAGUCCCCAGACCUCGCCCCUCGGCAAAGUGUGCGAGCUGAAGGUAGAAGCUUAA